CGGCCGCCCUCCUUCAUCGCUCAGUAAUCAACAUUUGUUUACCGUCUGCUGAGAGGAACAUCAUACCACGUGUGAAGAGCUCGCUGAAUUAGAAGACAUGGCUGUUCGCUGUCAAUUUGAAGGUUCUAAUGAAAUUGGGGUGUUUACGAGGUUGACUAAUGCUUAUUGUCUGACUGGUGUUGCCGCAACAUCUAAUUUUUACAGUAUUUUUGAGGAACACCUGAGUGAAGUGAUUCCCGUUGUACACACUUCAAUUGCAGGAUGCCGGAUUGUGGGAUCCAUGGUAACAGGUAACCGCCAUGGGCUUCUUGUACCAAACAGCACAACUGACCAGGAAUUGCAACACAUUCGUGAUCACCUUCCAGAUAAAGUCAAGGUCCAGCGUGUAGAAGAGAGAUUAUCUGCACUGGGAAAUGUGGUUGUCUGCAAUGAUUAUGUUGCUCUUGUUCAUCCUGACAUAGAUAGGGAAACUGAGGAGACAAUUCAUGAUGUACUCAAAGUAGAGGUGUUCCGUCACACAAUUGCCAACAAUGUCCUUGUGGGCACAUAUUCAGUAAUUUCCAACCAAGGAGGAAUUGUCCAUCCAGCUACACCUACCCAGGAGCUAGAUGAAUUGUCUAUGCUGCUGCAGGUUCCCCUUGUGGCAGGCACAGUAAACCGUGGCAGUAAUUCCAUUGCUGCUGGUUUGGCUGUCAACGAUUGGGCAGCCUUUGCUGUGGACACUACGGCUACAGAACUGAAUGUAAUUGAGAGCAUAUUCAAGAUCAAUGAUGCAUCUCAAGCGGCUAUAUCGACUAACAUGAGAAACGCACUUAUUGACAGUAUGACCUAAAGUAAGGGAAAUCAGCCUUCAGUA